CUAUCGCAAGGAAAGAAUCAACCCUCACUCCAGAAAAAGCUGAAAUUAAAAGGCAAAAAAGGAAAGACCUCUCUGUGGGGAGAUGCACAGAGGAAACCAGCAACAAGUGCCGGCCCCUGGGAGCGGAGCUGGCACAGAGCUGGCUCAGCCCCAGCCCGCGGUGGCUCCCCCGCCGCACUCCCUCCCUCCCUCCCUCCCUCCCUCCCUGGCACACAUGUAACACGAAACUUCGGAUCUCCAGGACAACCAGUAACAAAAAAAAAAAAAAAAAAAAGAAAAGGCAGAGACAACAGCUGGCUGUCAGCGGCGGAGCACAGAGGAGCCGAGCGAGGAGCGAGACACGCCAGGAUGAGGGGAGAGAUGACGUGAAAGUUUUAAGACGACGGAAAGAAAAACAAGAGGAGAAGAAGAGCUGGCGGCGCGCUGGGAGCCAAGAACAGAAAACACAAAUCACUUCACCUCUGCCUCCUCCACCACCUCUUGGAAUGGAAACAAAACUGAAAACCUGCUGACGCAGAAUCCCACAGCAUCGUGCAAAGGAUAAGGCAGCCGUUUCUGGAGCAGCUCACUUGGGCAUAAAGCCUGGAGAGCUUGUGACAGAAUGUCUACUGAAACCUUUCUGAAGGAAAUUCAAGCCAUUGGUGAGAAGUUUCUCCUUAAGCUCCAGAAACUGCCCAAGGCUGAGCCAGUGGAGAUUGUCUGCUUUUGUGUGGUUCUUCUGUUCAUCGUCACUGUUCUGGUGCUCAUGAUCAUUGCCUGCAGUUGCUGCUGCUACAGCUGCUGUGGCUGUGAUGGACAUCCUGACACCAGAAGUAGGAAGAGCCAAGUCCGCCCGACUGCCCGUUCGUGAAGUGCAACGAGGUGACACAACCUACUACCAAGGACCUGCAUGGACAUCAUGAUCCAGUCCUAUGGGAAUGACUUUCCACACUAGCUCACUGAAAAUGGCAGUAACAAUAUUAAUUAACAUGACUCAAAGGACCAGAAA